CACCCGCACAGCAUUUGUGCAGGCUACCUGAUGGCGCCAUUGGCAGAAGUUGAGUCUUAAGAGCUUUUGCAGCUUCUUGUUCUGAAAUGCUUGGAAGUUCGGAGAGGGCAGAACGCUCUGUAAGCUUGUUGUUGCCCACAUUCUCUUGCAGUUAAAAGGCAGUUACGCCGGAGGGCAGACAAGAUUUUGGCAAGUGACGGACUUGAGCCAUUCGAAAUGGCCUGAUCUUCAACUUACGUAGCGCAGCGAUAUCCAAUCCUGACAUCAGCAUUUUGUAGCAGACUUGCCAGCGGAGACCUAGAUUAGACGUGUUGGCACGAGCAAGUUGUCUGCUCCACUGAAACUCGCUUGGGGGACAAGAUGCUGUACUUCACACUAAUAAGGUGUCUAGGUCAGUACAGGUUCCUUGUCUCCCAAGCCACACUCAUCUACGUGUUUUGCACCACGUUGGACUGCCUCCCAAUUUUCCAAGUGGUGGAUGAAAGGUUUCUGCUGAGGACCCUGGCAGUGCACUCCCAGUUGAGGCAGGCCAGGGCAGAGCUGACAGACCGGCCGCAUCAGGAUUGAGCAGCCCAAUGAUGGCCAGGAUCGCUGGGAGGGCGCAAAGCGCCACUAACAUCCCCUCUCUCUCGAAGCGCAACACUCUCGCAAACCUUGGGAAGUCUGCGUGUGGUCUACUGGAAAGUUACCUGGCCGGGAAUGUAGGGCACGAUCGCAGAACUUGUCAUGGCUGGGGCAGUCACUAUAUGUCAAGAAGUGAAGGGUCAGAUAGUGGUUUUACAAGGGCCACGACGAAACAAGUAGAAGUGAAUGAGGCGGCAGCUUCCUCACCCGCAUCAGCUCAAGAAUGUAACAAAGAAGCGGAAAAACCGGUGCCAGUAGUCAAGGAGAGCCAUAUUGUGCUCGAUGCGUUUCUGAAAGUGCGCUCAGAGACGCUCCUCCUGCCAGACGGCAAAACCAUGGACUAUCUGACAGUCUUGUCCAGACCAACCGCGGUGGUCAUUCUGGCUUUCACUCCCGACAACAAGCUUGUUCUGACACAAGAGUAUCGUCACCCCACCGGCAAGUACCUUCUGAGCAGCCCUGGGGGGCUGGUCGACCCAAACGAGGACCCGCUUACGGCUGCCGCUCGCGAGUUGCGAGAGGAGACUGGAUACGAAGCUACGGAGUAUGCAGUCAUUGGUGAAUCAUGGCCAGCCCCGGGCAUCAUUGAACAGAAGGUGAUCUUCGUUGCUGCCAAGAACGCAAUCCAAAAAGGGGUGCCUGCCUUGGAGGGAGGCGAAAUGCUAUGCACGCACUUGAGAUCUCUCGAAGAGGCCCGCUCAGACAUCCUCGCUGGGAUGCCCACGGAUGGAAUCUUGUUGACGGGGUUAUGGUACCUCGAACAUGGCGAACCUUUGGUUACAAAGAAGGUAGUGUCAAAUCAUUGAUUGAGUUGAAUGUAAACUGCAAGUCGUAGCUAGGUAUAUGUAGAGAUAAGUUCAUGUGCGAUGGAAAUCAUGCCGAUGUACAAAAAUAGGUCAUUAGCAUGGUAGGAUAGGAUAGGCAACUCGAACGGGGUGCCGCCUUGUGCGGCUGACAUAACGAUCCAGCUUCCGACCACCUAUAUUGUUGUAGGCCUCUGCGCAACUCUAGCUCGGGGCCGGCGGCAGCGCAUCGCCUUGUAAUCUGAUUCGAUACGGAUGCAUUUGGA